CUCUGACAGUGGUUAAAUUGGUACGUCCCUGGGCGAACAGAGUAGAGGAGAGUACAUCGCGAACGAACUCUUUGGGAGGAGAUAGUGGUUAUUUUUUCCUCCCUCGAACAACAACAACAACUUCAUUCAGCUAUUGCACACAGGGUCGUCAAACUACAGCGAUCGAAACUUGGGGGGGACCAAAGGAUUUGAUCUGCAAGUUUUUUUUUCCCUCUUGAGCCUUUUUUUAUUUUUUAAACAUUUUCAUAAGAAAGGAUUCUGUUGGAGGCUCGCUCGUACUCUCGACGCAAAUAUGAUGGUCGGGGAGAUCGAAGUGAAGGAGAGGCCGAGGCCGAGUCCCGACUAUUUGAUGCAAUUGUUGAACGAAAAGAAGUUGAUGACCAGCUUGCCAAAUCUGUGCGGCAUCUUUACACACCUUGAGAGGCUUCUCGAUGAAGAGAUCAACAGAGUGAGGAAAGAAAUGUACAGUGACACCGCGAACGGCCUGGUAGAGAAACACCCUCUGGAUUUACCUGAGGCCCUGGGACCGAUCAUUCACCUGCAGGAGAAGCUCUUUGUGCCUGUAAAAGACUACCCUGACUACAACUUUGUGGGCAGAAUCCUGGGGCCUCGCGGACUCACCGCCAAACAACUGGAAGCAGAAACUGGAUGCAAAAUCAUGGUGCGAGGAAAGAGCUCCAUGAGAGACAGAAAGAAGGAGGAACAGAACAGAGGCAAGCCCAACUGGGAGCAUCUAAACGAGGAGCUUCACGUCCUGAUCACGGUGGAGGACACACAGACUCGCUCCGAGAUCAAGAUGAAGAGAGCCUUGGAGGAGGUCAAGAAGCUUCUGGUACCCGCGGCGGAAGGAGAGGAUAAUCUGAAGAAGAUGCAGCUGAUGGAGCUGGCCAUUCUCAACGGGACGUACCGUGACACCAACAUCAAGACACCGGCGGCAGCCGCCGCUCAGGGCCCCCGCCUAAUACAGGCACCCCAGGGGCAUAUGGGCCCCCAUCAGCAAAUGAGGCCCCCCACACCGGGAGGCACCCCCAUCAUGAACAUCAUCCGACAACCCCAAAUGCAGGGCAUGUUGCACAAUGGCACCCCCACCCUGGUGCCUCCCUCACCGGACGGCGGCAUCAUCUACGCCUCCCCGUACGACUACCCGUACGCCCUGGCACCCACCUCCCUGCUGGAGUACCCUAUCGACCACAGUGGGGUUCUAGGUGCAAUGGCUACUAAAGUGAGACGGCAUGACUCGCGGGUCCGUCCUUACCAAAGGAUUGUGACCGCAGACAGAGCCGCCACCGGCAACUAACACAUGACCUUCUGACCUCUGAACUCUUCACCCAAUGACGAGCCGCCCCAAGCCUGCCUGCUGAUCAGUUAACUGGUAAUUGCCUUUUGCUAGCUUCUCGGAUGCAGUGAGAGGGGCUCCUAUCCGUACAGUUACCCUAACAUGUUUUUGAUAAAAACCAUUUGGUUUUUAACUAUCUAUCAAACAAACCCAACAGUUGGUUUUUAUUUCUUUCUGUUCAUUGAGUUGAAUUCCCAUUUCUUUUUCUUCAUGAAUCACAAACUGGGUGGAUGUGUAUGUAUUGUUACUAAUGAAUCUGCACUGAAUUUAUAUAGCAAUAAAGAUCCCACCUUCCGUGUCCACAACCCCACCCAUACCUGCUCUGAUUCGGUGAUCUCACUAGUAUUCACUAAACGACGCUAAAUGGGAACUGAACCCAGGCUGUCUCUCCAAAACAUGGCCUCAUUCUCCAUCCAACAUGCAAUGCCAAGUCCCUCAUUCCCUUAACCCCACCCACCCAUUCCACACCUACUUGCUGGCAAUGAAAGACAUGAAAGGAAAGAGAAGCUACACUCCAACUUGUUCAUGUAGUCCUGUAUUUUGAAACUGAGACUUAAUGGUAUGCUGACACAUUCUGGGUGUGCCCUGAACAGCUCUCUGUUAAAACCAUGGCUACAUUGAUUGCGAAUUGAGCUUAUUAUAAUUUUGUUUAUUUGAUUUGGAUUUUACUUGAUUUUGUUUUCUCGUUAAUACACUUAUUAGCUCUGAAGAACUAGCCAGACGAAGCAGGGUGUAAGAACUCAAAAUGCCGCUUUUGUGGUGGCAGGCCUAUCAUGGGCAGUUAGCGGAAGCUAGGAGGGGUGCUGGGGAGGAAUUGGGAUGAGGAGAGGUCUUUUGUAUUACUAUAAUGAAAGUAGGAUGUGUUGAGGGUUAGGGCACAGUGGAGCAAUGGAUGUAUAGUUAACUAGCUACUGACCUUAACUAUGCUCCUCUACACUUGUGUAUGUACAGUGCCUGAUGCAUUUGGAGAAUCCCAUUGAAUUAUACGAGCUGUGAUCUAAAAGACAAAAAAAAAGUAUUAAGUGUGUUUUGUGUAAUUAGCCAAAGGGGUUCCAGUUGAAUUAUAUCUAUAUAAAUAUGUAUCUAACUGCAGAGAGCGUGCUGUAAUUUUAGAGCUUGAAAGGAUGUGAUUUCGUGCAUGUUUAAGUGCGAGUUGACAGCCAAUCAAAAAAGAUCACGGUUGUUUAUCACACAAAGCUCUAGUUUCCCAUGAAGAGAAGCCGAUUGACACUAAAGAGGGCUUCUGGUUGGGGGGGGGGGGGUCCUUUAUAGUGAAGUUUUGUAAUUUAAAAAAAAUCAAUGAAGUUUUCAAUUUCUUUGAUUUUGCCUUUUAUUUUUGGUUAUAUUUACACCCCUGCCAAAAAAAAAAAACAUUUUCAUAUUGUGUAUCAGCAUUUGGCCAAUUCUCUUUGCUAGAAUAUUUUGUAGUUUUCUUUAAUCUCUUUCAAAUUUGAUACCAAUCAAUUCUUUAUGGGGUCAUGAUACUUGCUCUCAUGCAAAUAAGUAUCUAUUUGAUUAGGGGAGGGGGGUGUAUUUAUUUCUAACUCUCACCAUACCAUUUUGAAGUCCCCCAAUUAGCACAUCCACAAUGUGUCUCCAUAAAGGUAUGGUCCAGAUCCUUAGCCCAUGACAGUUUCUCAUUCUUUCUCAAGAGAAGAAAAAAAAAAUAGGAUGUGAAAGCCAUGCCUGCCUGUUCAGAUUGCUUUAUUUACAUACCUGUUAUAUAUGUAGAUACCUGUCAUUGCAUAUUAAAGAUAGAGAACACAAUUGGAUACUUUUACAGGGUGCUGGAGAAGAGAAAUAUAUUUUUGGCGAUUUUAGCUUUUUAUACUUCACUUGCAGUUACAAAAUAUAAAAAAUGCAACAAAAAAUAGUGUAGAGAAAAAAGGUGGUGAUGAAGAUGCUGUUACUUUGGAUAUUAUUGGCUAGGAAAAUAAAGACCAAAAUAGUCAUACCUACAAACGUUGCAAGGAUGUAAGGGUUACGAAGCGAGGGAGAGACAUUCAGAGAAGAUAGAAAAAGUGCCUUAUCGACGGUCGUUUCUUUUUCCGAGUGUUAACAUUCUGUUCGAUAAUAUCCAGCACCAACGAGGAAUGCGCAGAGAGGAACGGCUUCUGUGAUGAGCUCUUAAGAGUUGCGCAGGGUAGCUCCUGUCAUUAUUGCUGAGCUACUGAAGUUAUUCUAUGCAAAAAGAAUAGCAGUCGUAUAUGACCAGCUAAAAUAUGUGCCAUGGUUCGUCUUCCCAAGUAUAAGUUAAGGUUUUUGUUUUAUGAUAAUUUUUUACCUUCUGCCAUCCGAACAAGUUGUAUUUCUUAUUUCUCUUCGUUUUGAAUUAAGUUAUCGCUAUUGUUGCAUUGAUUUCUGGUUACUGUGAUUAUUCUACCAAGAACAAACUGCCAAUAGCAAUGCAGAAGUCUGCCAGGACAUCUUAUUAAUGCGAAAUAAAUGAGGGACAUAUAAAAUGAGUGAGUAACAGGAGAAGAGGCAUUUGCGUGUAUACCAAUUUGUUUUAAAAAAAAAAACACACAAAACAUGCUAAUGCUUUCCCACUACAGUUCGGUAAUGAAGCAAAGUCAUGACUUCAAUCCUCAAGAUGCUUUUUCCAGAUAGUAGUCCAGAGGUGUUUUGUAUUGGAAGAGGAGGCACUGAUGAUGAUGGGGCUUGAGUGGGUGAAGUUUAUUUUUUAUUAGGUCUUAGUCAAAUGUUCCCGCCACAAUGUGCGUCCGUGCCAAUUCUGGAAGUGAUCAACAUGCAUGCAGUAUACAGACUAGAAAAGGGGCCUUUAUGGCUAACACAUUUGACUUCACAACUAAGCAGUUUUCAGUUACUCAAACUAAACGGGGUAUAUCUAAUUACAAAGAAAAUAAAGUAUAUAAAAUCGAGACAUUAUGGAUUAUUAAAUAUUUCACCUUCCCUGGCACACUUUAUUUUUCUCAUACAUGCUGUCACACAGAACAUGUUAAUGCAUUUGUUUUCAGUGUUAUGAAUUCUUCUAUUAAAAAAUGCAAUAUUAAAGUGGAGCAAGAGAUGACAAUUCAGAAUUUUGACAGUAUUAAGACAUAUUCCCUCUGCAAUGUUACGCUGUGUCAUCGUGUAAGGUUGGUUUAGUCCAUCAUAUGUAUGGUGAACUGUACCGUAUUCACUCUGGCCUGCCUACUACAUGUAUGAUAAUGUAAUUUACAGCCAUUGUUACAGGUUUAUAAUGUAUUUUUCUAAUCUCAUUUUAUAUGUAUAUUAUACAAUCUUUUUUCUGACUUUUUCUUUUGACGCCCACUGCAACUUGUUUUUUAACCCCCACCCCCACCCCCCCACCCCCCCAUCUUGAAAUCUGUCUCUAGUGGGGAGUGUUGACUUUACUAGAGUUAAGUUUGGUUUUCUUGCCAAAUCCUAGCUUGUUUAACUCAUUAGCGACUAUUCGUUUUUCUUGUCAUAAGUAUUUUUACAUGCUUGCAUUUAGUUUUGAUGGUGUAUGCUGUUAUUUUUCUUAUUAACCCCUUGGCAUUUAUUUUAAUAAAACAUUCUUAGUAAGAAUUUUA